AUGGUGUCAGAAGAAUCGUUAAUUUUGUGCUUUUCGAAUUUAGGUUGUGAUGUUUCCGAUAAAUUUGUGAUUGAUAAAUGUAUUCAGAUUUGUCAUGCCUAUAAUUUAGAUGAAGAUACAUUUGUGGAAAUGUGGAUAGCAUAUGCAAUUCCACAUUCAUUGAAUAUUGAUCCAACAAUAAAUGAUCUUAUUAAAUUUGAAAGGGAAGAAUUAAGGAAAAAUAAUACGUGUUCUUUAGAAAUUCCUACACGAGCAGUGUCAAAUAUAACUAUUGAUGUAGAAUCUAAAGAAGAAAUUACUAAUGAUGUUUUGGAUAUAUACAGCACUGGAGAAUCUUCCACGUUGUAUCAAAUUAAAAGAGCAAGAAGUCCAGCAGCAGAGACAGGAAAUGACAAUAAAUUACGGGCAGUAGACCAUACGUUUACACCGUCAACUUAUACGUCAAAACCAAAUACACCUAUUCGAGCGCCAAGUACAACUGUUAGGGGUAAAGUACUUUUGUCUUUUGGCCCAGAUGUUCAGAAUUGGAAGAAACAAGACGAGUACGAAGUGUCGAUCGUUAAGGCCGAUAAUCCCCAUGUACCUAAGGAUGUUACAUACAUGUACGAGAUGCUUUCCAAACAAGGGGCCGUUCUUAGCAGCCGUUGUGUAAGUUUUGGUGAGCGACUGUGCCAUAUUUGGAACGAAAUGGGCCCCAGUAAUUCUAAUAUACGUUAUGUGAGAAAUGUAAUGCCUAUGAGUCAAAUACCAUUCAGAACAUGGGGUAGAAUAUCUAUAACAUCCAAUAAAUCUACUGGUAAUAAAAUUGUAAUGUUGGAGGGUUCUAAAAGAUGCAAAGGCGAAAAUAAUGCUCCUAUUAUCCGUUUGGAUCUUAGUGGAAUUAAGCAUUAUUCAGUGUUUCCCGGUCAAAUACUUGCGGUGGAGGGUAUUAAUACCGCUGGAGAUGCUCUAAUAGCGAAAGAAUUGUUUGCUAAGGGAUAUGCACCAUUAUUCGAUACACCAAAAUUAACGAAAGAUAUUAAAAUUUACAUUGCUGUUGGCCCAUUUACACCUUCUGAUAAUUUAAAUUAUCAACCGUUAUGGGAUCUGAUGGAAUGUAUUGUAGAAGAGGAACCUAAUAUAUUAAUAUUAAUUGGCCCUUUCGUUGAAUAUACACAUGCAGAAAUUAAAAAGAAUACCUUAAAAGAUACUUAUCAAGACUUUUUUGAUAAAAUUUUGGCGAAGAUUCUACAAUAUUUGCAAAGAAAAUCUACACGCAUUGUAUUGGUACCAUCUAAUCGAGAUGUUUAUCACGAUGCAGUUUUUCCGACUCCGGAAUUUAUGAUAAAUAUAAAUAAGCUAGGACCAAAUGUGACAAAUCUAUAUUGUAUGCCAGACCCUUGCAUAAUAAACGUAGAUGGUUUACACAUAGGAAUAACGUCAGUUGAUGCACUAAGGCAUCUUGGACAAAAAGAAGUGUCGAAUACAUCUGGAAUGGAUCGGAUUGGUCGUUUAGCCGACCAUAUAUUAUCUCAAGCUACAUUUUAUCCUUUAUAUCCUCCAUUUUCGGGCUUAAAUCUCGAUACAACGCUUUGGAAAAAAUACGCUUGUUUCGAACGACAGCCACAUGUAUUGAUUUUACCUUCUGACAUCAAACAUUAUUGCAAAUCAUUGAAUGAAUGUUUGGUCUUGAAUCCAGAGCGAUUACUAAAGUAUACUUAUGCUAAGUUGUAUGUACGGCCAGUAAAUAAUGGAAAAUGGGAUCCAAACAAAGUAUCUUGUGAGAUUGCAAAAGUCUAA